CUCAGACCUCACAAUCACUCAGAUCCCUACAGGGUUGCAUGUUUAGUCAUGAUAACACGUCCCUUUUGAAAUGAGAUCAGAAAAGACGAGCAUGUAGGCAAACGUCUGCUAUGAGCUGUAGCCUAUGUUCUGGUUUGUUUUGAGAGAGGAAUUGUCUUCAAAGUGAUGUUUUGACCAUGUAAACCCUGACAUAUGAAAGAAAAAUCAUGUGUGUUUUUGUUUGAAUCAUAUUUUAUACAUAAGGAUUUUUUUGGUUCAUAUAGUAUGAUAAAGUGAGAAUAUGGAGCUCAAACUUUAGGAGGAAAACGCCUCAGUUUUAUUCAGAUGCCCAAACUGGGGAAAAAUAUGCAAUUUGGUGCAGAUGCUGAUAUUUAUAUAGGCAAAGAAUAAGAUGAAAUUCUGAUAGCUUGUGCAUCAAUGAGAUCUUAUAACAGAUACUUACAUAAAAUUAAAUAAAAAUCUUAAAUAUGCCGAUUGUGUACAGCAGGUUUAUAGGGAUCUACUUUUCUCUGUUGGCUGAAUGAAAAUGGUUUCUACUCCAAUUUUUUUCAGUGUUAAAACUAUUCCAAAAAAUUAAGGGUGCAAUUUGCAGUCAGUUUGUUUGGGUAGAUUUCAUCCCAUGUGUUGAGUAAAGAUAGGGUGACCAUAUUUUAGUUUUCCAAAAAGAGGACAGUAGGGGCAGGAGGCAGACGGCCAGAUGGGAGCGGAUUGAGGGGAGGGGGCUUAAAGUAGCCCCCAAAUUAGUGCAAUGACCAUAUCCCAAAUAUCAAAACUCAAAAUACAAUCAGUUUAUGCAGACUGAUCAUAAACACAGCUAAAAGGCUUCCUACUAGCGGCCCUCCUUCACAAAACGUAACUUUCAGCAGAGUUUUAUCAUAGGUAGAAUGCAAAAUGUUUCAAUACAAAGUUUCAGUCAAAUGUAGUUUAUGCAAUAUUUUAAACCUUUAACCCACGGGGAAAAUCAACCCAUGGUAGCAGUUUAAAAGUAGCCCAAUUCCAUGGAAGAAAACGUGGACUUGACAACCCUGCAUCCAACACGAGCUGCAGGAGUCAGAUUUAACUGAUCAUAGAUCGAGAGUAAGGAGACAACUGACAGACUGUGGUGGAGGAUUUGCUGCUCAACAGAUCCUGAGCUCAUUGACAAAUAUCUUAUCUCGUAAGAUGUGCUUCCUUUACACAGAGGAUGUGUGAUUGUGAAAUCGAAAGUGAACCGCGAGCACUCAUUCAAAAGCGAUUUCAAUACUCCGCUUAUUGAUAACGGCUCCCUGAUACGUGAAAAUUAUAUGCAACAUUAUGUUUGUGGGACUGGACACAACAAUCGCAGGAGUGGAACAGACACGUGGCGGGCGGUAAUGGUCAGAAAUUCAGCGGGAGCAAGAUUAAGAAAAUGCAUACGUCUUACAAAAACACACACAAUGAAUAACAACUGUAGAAAGCAAAAGCCAAAUCCCAGACAUUUUGGGCGAUUUAGAAAUCCCAGCCGGACGCAUUUUUUUUAGGUCCAAAAGAGGACAUGUCCAGAAAAAAGAGGACGUAUGGUAAACAUAAAUGUAAUAGCUAAGAUGCAUAAAAGAAAUUGGGUAAAGUCUAAAAAAUACUUUACAAAACAAAGUACCUACAAAAAGUAAGUAAUAUGAACUCUUGAUUAUUAAACGCUAAUGUUUUUGUAUGUAGCAUAGCACAUGUUUACAAUGAGCAAGUAAGAAGUUACAUGCCACUGCACUGUUUAGUAACAGCUAUCCCUCAUUGAGUGACUUCAGUAUGAAGUAUGAAUAGACUUUCGUUCAGGUGUUUCUCUUUACUUAAGAACACAUGAAAUAGCACUUAAUGUCACCAUUCAACUCUCAUGAUCCAGCCCUGUGCAAAGCAUGCUGGGAACUAACAAUCCACUGCCCAGUUUCAGGUAAUGCAACAAAAUGAUUCAGGUAAUCCCAACAGAAAUCGAUUAAGUAAACUUCAGUUUAAAUAUUUUAAGUGGAUUGUGUUGUUUUUUUCUUUACAAGCUCAAAUUAUACAAGCAGCUUAAAUCAUUUUUAUUACAGUGUCUCAUUCCUUUCUGUUGACCCGAACUCUGAAUGUUUAGAGAUUGUGGCGCUGAAUUCACCCACACACAUUCUGAUGUCUUUCAAUGACGGAAAAGACACUCGUACAUAAACAGGGACUAAAACGUUAGUUAGGGACCAGUUCACUGCUAGAUUUUACAAAGAAGCUAGUGAAGAAGUGACAGUGUAAAAAGAAUCUGCAUCUGGAUGCUGAUUAAUGAAAUUAACCCUCCUGUUGUUUAUUUGACUAGUUGUGAACAGUAAUGUCAUCCCUGGGAAAGUGACCCCGUCUGACCCGGUAGAAAAUAAGAACAUCCCUGUGGACCUUCAUCUUUGCAUCUCUGUUCCACAGUGCAUAUAAACUACCGGUCAACAUUUUGGAAUAAUUAGUGUUUUUUUGUUUGUUUUUUGUUGUUGUUGUUUGUUUGUUUUUCACCAAGGCUGCACUUAUUUGAUCAAAAAAAUUUGAAAAUAUUACAAUUUAAUCUGUUUGCUACAGUAAUAUAUUUUAAAGUGUAAUUUAUUCCUGUGAUGCAAUGCUGAAUUUUCAGCAGUCAUUCAACCACACCAACACCAGCUGCGAAUUUAUCAGGUUUCUGCACAAUAACAGAAUUACUCAUCUUGCAUUAGGAACAUUCUCCCACCUGCAGUCCAUGAAGAGACUGCGCCUCGACUCAAACUCACUGCACUGUGACUGUGAACUGCUGUGGUUGGCUGAUCUGUUGAAGCAGUACGCAGAGUCUGGUAACGCUCAAGCUGCAGCUACAUGCGACUAUCCAAGCCGCUUGCAGGGACGCUCAGUCGCAACUCUCACUGCAGAGGAGCUCAACUGUGAAGUUCCCCGGAUCACAUCUGAGCCGCAGGAUGUUGACGUAACCUCUGGAAACACUGUGUACUUCACAUGCAGGGCAGAAGGCAACCCCAAACCUCAGAUCAUCUGGCUGAGAAACAACAAUGCUCUGAACAUGAGGGACGACACGCGUCUCAAUCUUCUGGAAGAUGGAACCCUGAUGAUCCAGGACACGCGGGAGACAGACCAGGGCGUGUAUCAGUGCAUGGCCAAAAACGUGGCUGGAGAGGUGAAGACCUCAGAGGUCACCUUGCGAUACUUCAGAUCACCAUCUCGACCUAGUUUCGUGAUCCAGCCGCAGAAUACAGAGGUUCUGGUUGGGCAGAGCGUGACCCUGGAGUGCAGUGCGACGGGUCAGCCGCAGCCCCGUGUGACCUGGACCAAAGGAGACCACACGGCCCUCCCUGUGGACCCUCGCAUCAACAUCACUCCUUCAGGAGGUCUCUACAUCCAGAACGUCAAUCAGGCCGAUGGGGGACAGUACACCUGCUUUGCAAGUAACAACGUGGACACCAUCCAUGCCACUGCGUAUAUUAUAGUACAGGCUCGUCCUCAGUUCACAGUGACCCCUCAGGACCAGUCUGUGCUGGAGGGUCUUACAGUUGACUUUCCCUGCGAGGCCAGCGGCUACCCUCAGCCUGUCAUAGCAUGGACUCGCGGCGGCAGCCCCCUGCCUAAUGACAGACGCCACGUUGUUCUCUCAUCGGGCAGCUUGCGCAUCAGCCACGUGGCCCUUCAUGACCAGGGCCAGUACGAGUGCCAGGCGGUCAGUCCUGUUGGCACUGUCAGAGCAGCUGUUCAUCUCAACAUCCAGCAAACCAUAACGCCUGUUUUCACAAGCGCUCCAAGGGAUAUGACUGUGGAGUCUGGAUCAGAUGUCCAGAUUCCUUGCAGCGCGCAGGGUGAGCCCACACCUAUCAUCACAUGGAGCAAGGAUGGAGUCCAGAUUACAGAGAGUGGGAAGUUUCAUAUCAAUCCAGAUGGCUAUCUGGAAGUGCAUGACGUGGGGCUUGCCGAUGGGGGACGAUAUGAGUGUGUAGCCCGCAACUCCAUUGGAUAUUCCUCGUCUAGUAUGGUGCUAACAGUGCAAGUCCCGCAGGUGAGCAGGGAGGGUGAUCCGUUUGUUUCGACAUCCCUUGAAGAGGCCAUUCGGAGCAUAAACAGUGCAAUAGACUCCACCAGGAGGCAGCUCUUUGACGGAUCUCCUCGUACCCCUGCAGAGCUUCUGGCUCUGUUUCGUUACCCCCGGGACCCCUACACAGUGGAGCAGGCCAGAGCUGGAGAGAUUUUUGAGCAGACUCUAUUUCUCAUCCAGAGGCAUGUCAACCAGGGCCUCAUGGUGGACACUAAUGGAACAGCCUACCGUUACAAUGACUUGGUGUCGCCACGUUUCCUGGAUAUGAUAGCUAACCUGUCUGGCUGCACGGCCCAUCGGCGCUUCAACAAUUGCUCGGAUAUCUGCUUCCACCAAAAGUUUCGCACCCACGAUGGCACUUGCAACAACCUGCAGCACCCUAUGUGGGGCGCCUCACUCACUGCCUUUGAACGCUUACUAAAGCCUGUCUACGACAAUGGCUUCAAUCUCCCACGUGGCACCACUGAGCGAAGGCAUAACCGCUUCCCUCUGCCUCUUCCACGCCUGGUCUCCACCACCAUGAUCGGGACGGAGACCAUCACCCCAGACGAUCGCUACACACACAUGCUUAUGCAAUGGGGCCAGUUCCUUGACCACGACCUGGAUUCAACCGUUGCAUCCCUCAGCCAGUCUCGUUUCUCCGAUGGACAGUUGUGUACCUCGGUGUGCACCAAUGACCCACCUUGUUUUCCAAUCAUGUUCCCUCCUGAUGAUCCACGGCAGCGGCGCAACGGAGCACUUUGCAUGUUCUUUGUGCGCUCGAGUCCCGUUUGCGGCAGCGGAAUGACCUCUCUGCUUAUGAACUCUGUGUAUCCACGUGAACAGAUGAACCAGCUUACCUCCUACAUUGAUGCCUCUAAUGUUUACGGCAGCUCACAGCACGAGGCAGAAGAGAUCCGUGACCUGGCCAGCCAUCGGGGCAUGUUGCGGCAGGGUAUUGUGCAACGCACCGGCAAGCCAUUGCUCCCCUUUGCAACUGGCCCACCAACAGAGUGCAUGCGGGACGAAAACGAAAGUCCCAUUCCUUGCUUCCUAGCUGGGGACCAUCGUGCCAAUGAGCAGCUUGGGUUGACGGCUAUGCACACAGUUUGGUUCCGUGAACAUAACCGCAUAGCCAGCGAGUUGCUACGUCUCAACCCCCAUUGGGAUGGUGACACCAUUUACCAUGAGGCACGGAAGAUAGUCGGAGCCCAAAUGCAGCAUAUAACCUACAGCCAUUGGUUGCCCAAAAUACUGGGCGAGGCUGGCAUGAGGCUAAUGGGCGACUAUAAUGGCUAUAAUCCCAAUAUUAAUGCUGGCAUCCUCAAUGCUUUUGCCACUGCUGCCUUCCGCUUUGGCCAUACGCUCAUUAACCCCAUUCUGUACCGGCUUGACGAAAACUUUCAGCCCAUCCAGCAAGGACACAUCUCACUGCAUAAGGCUUUUUUCUCACCCUUCCGUAUUGUGAACGAAGGAGGCAUCGAUCCUUUGCUCCGUGGCUUGUUUGGAGUUGCGGGAAAAAUGCGAGUGUCCACUCAACUGCUUAACACUGAACUUACCGAACGCCUUUUCUCGAUGGCGCACGCCGUGGCGCUUGACCUUGCUGCCAUGAAUAUCCAAAGGGGACGGGACCACGGUAUACCCCCCUACAACGACUACCGGGUGUUCUGCAACCUGACGUCCGCACAGGCGUUUGAUGAUCUAAGGAAUGAGAUUCAGAACCCCAGCGUGCGAGAAAAGCUUCAAAGGCUGUACGGCACACCUCAGAAUAUUGACCUGUUUCCUGCGCUGAUGGCUGAAGAGCUGGUGCCUGGCAGCAGACUGGGACCGACCCUCAUGUGUUUAAUGGCAACCCAGUUCAAGCGUCUCAGAGAUGGUGACCGGUUUUGGUAUGAGAACCCUGGCUCCUUUAGCCCUGCUCAGUUGACCCAGCUGAAGCAGACGUCUCUCGCCCGGGUGCUGUGUGACAAUAGUGACAACAUCACCCGAAUCCAGUCAGAUGUCUUUAACGUGGCUGAAUUCCCACAUGGUUAUGGAAGCUGUGACGAUAUACCAAAGAUUGACCUACGUAUGUGGCAGGACUGUUGUGAAGACUGCCGUACUAAAGGUCAGUUCAAUGCCCUGUCGUACCACUUCAGAGGCCGCAGGUCAGCGGAGCACAGCUAUGCAGAGGAGAAACCUGCCAGCAACCUCACCGGCAACAGCAGCACUUUGGAAGAAGCUCAAACUGCAGUAAACAUAACUGUUUCACCAAAGUCAAGCACUGAACCCUCCAUUAAGGAUUUCCAAGACUUUGUUGCUGACAUGCAGAAAACUAUCACAAGUUUACGAAAACAGAUAAAAAGACUUGAAGGCCGUCUGAGCAGGACAGACUGUGCAGAUGAGGACGGGAGAGAGCGGGUGGAUGGAGAGAGUUGGAAGAAGAACCCUUGCACCACCUGUCAGUGUCAUGAGGCCCAGGUGACGUGUUUCGUGGAAAAGUGUCCGCAGGCAGCAUGUCUGAAGCCAGUGACGCCCAAAGGCUCGUGCUGCCCCGUGUGCCUCAACCAGCCAUCACAACCACAGGAGAACGAGCGCCACGUAUAACCUCAGGACACUUAACCAGUGUGACCUUGAGCUCAUGCCUCCAUUUGUUCCAUAGUUGCGUUUCAGGGUUUUUUUGUUGUUUGUCAUGUAUUGGUAUUUUUGUUUGCAUAUCCUCAGAUGCCCUCUACAAAGAACCAAAAAUACACUGCCUUAAAAAGUAUUUGAACAAAUGAAUGUUGGGGCCCUGUUUUCCUCCUCAGGCAUGUUAACCGGGAGACGACUACCCAGUGUUCAUUUACCAGACUGAGGACGGGCAGCUCCGGUCCUGGAGGGACACUUUCCUGCAGAGUUCAGCUCUAUCACUAAUCAAACACAACCAGCCAAAGUCUUCAGGAUUACUUGAAAAUUACAGUCAAUUGCGUUCAAAAAAUAUUUAGGCUUAAAUUUGAGAUUUACGCAUUUGGAUUGCAUAUAAAAUUUCUGUCCAUUUGGACUGCACAGUUUUAACAUCAACUGGUAGAGUCGAUGCGAUACAUGUUUGUCGGUUGUACGUCAAUGAAACGGGUACGAUUUCUAAACUGAAGGUGGUUUAAAUACACAGUAACCAGGUUUUAUAUAUUUAUUAUCAUUUCAUUUGUUUCGAUCUCAUGCAUUUUAACUGAUUAUUGCUUGAUCCAGAGAUAAUCAUAUUUUAGCCAUGUUCAUACUUAACAUACAUUAUCAGAUUUAUGCUUAUUCUGAGCAAUAUAAAUUAAUGCAUUUUGAAAAUAUUAAUAUUUAGAUCAAAUCAAAUAGAUGCAAAGAGUUCAAAAUAAACUGUGCCAUGAUUUUUUGAGUGCCGAAAUCUGGCUCGUUUCAUUAAUGUGUGACUGACAAAUGUGCAUCACACUUUAGUAGUCAAUGUUACAAUUGUAUAAAACAACUGGAUGGAAAUUUGACAUGCAAUUCCAAUGCAUAAAUCUUAAAUGUAGGCCUAAAUGUGUCUGUUUGAUGUGGGACGGAACUGAACUUUGCAGGACGAUGCCUCUCCAGGACCGGAGUUUCUCGUUUCCGGUUGUUUUACAGAAGAAGCAUUCUCAGGUUUGAGAUGCUGAAGAACUGGUGCUAUCUUACUCCAUUUAAGUGAUUUACCCGAGUCUUAAGAGUGUUGUUUUAUGCAUUUAAUUGUUUUGCAAUAUACAAUGCAUCAUACAGUAUAUACACUCAUUAUGUGCUUUUUAAAACCACACUUGAGCGAAAAUCCUUCGUUUUGUAGUUACGCUAAAGAAAUUUUAAAGCUUACUCAUACUUUUACUUUGUUUAUGGUGCAUAGUAUCAUAUUCUGGACAUAUGUAGAAUAUUAGUUCCCGCUUUUUAUCUUCCUCUCACGUGGAGAAAAAUGUGAAUACCUUGAAAUCAAUCUUUGCAAUGGGGGAAAAAACUCUACUGAUCACCAAAUGUUUGUUUCCCUUGGCAACUGCGGGUUUUCUGAGACCUGGUGUUCUUUGCUUUAUCUUGACAGAAAGCUGUUAUUGAUGUUUUUGGUUUGGGAGCGACUGAGGUGAAGCGUUUGGGAAGUGCAGCACUGAGCUGACGUCAGGCUCUCUUUUAGGGUGUUACUCUACUUUUCUAUAAUGCUCUGUUCUACCGGCCCAGUAUUUAUAUUCUUGUCCUGAAGGUCCAGAUGUUUCUUUCCUUUUCAAACAGUGUUCAGAGAGAUGUAAACAGUUGUGCCUCAUCACAAUACAUCACUUGAAACACACACACACACACACACUACUCUCUCAGCAUCCAGUGUUCAAUUAUAUUCAUAUUCGUUCACUUAGCAGACGCUUUUGUCCAGCAGAAGAGCAAUAUUAGAGAUGAGAAUUGCAUUUGUGUUCUGAAUCACUAAAUAACGUUGUACCAUUUGAACUGGAUGAGAGUCAUUUGUUCGUGAGUCGGACUACACUGCUCGGGCUGUAUGUUUGUUACUGAGUUCACAAUGUUGUCUGUGCUUAUGCCAGUGUUUUUUUUUUUUUUUUUAAGCACCUGCUAUUUGUCAUGUUCAGUUCAGACUGAAGACUCAAGUUUUGCUUUGAUGCUGUGGAAAAUCUUGUUCAGUAGCUUAGUAUGAUGUUCCAAUCAUAUCGGUAGAAGUAUAUUAAGCAUGAAGAACCAUUAUUGGAAUUGUAACAUAAUGAAAAUUAUAUAUACACACAUACUGCUGGUCAAAAGUUUGAAAUAAUUACUUUUUCUUUUUUUUUUAACAAUCAGCAAGGCUGCAUUUAUUUGAUCUAAAAACAGUAAUAUUUUGAAAUAUUAUUACAAUUGAAAUAACUAUUCUAUUUGAAUAUGUUGUAAUAUGUCAUUUAUUCCUGAGAUACGAAGCUGAAUUCUUGGCAUCAUUACUCCAGUUUUUAGUGUCACUUGAUCUGUCAGAAAUCAUGCUGAUUGGCUGCUUAGUUAUUUGUGAUCAAUUAUUAACUCUUUCCCCACCAGCGUUUUUGAAAAAAGUUCCCAGCCACCGCCAGCGUUUUUGCUGAUUUUCACUCAAAUUUAACGGCUCCCUAUGAAUAUCUAAACAUGCAAUACAACAAAAUAAAGAUCAGACCCUCUGCUUUCACCUGUUUUAUUCUAGCUUCAAGCAUUGUUUUUAUCAACACUUGAAUGUUGGUAGGUUUUGAGCAAAAUCGCUUUUUUAUUAAAUACUACAACUGGAUCAUAUUCAGUAAUAUUAUCAAAGCAAAGAUGCAGUAGAUGGCUUCCAUCAGUACUCCCAAAGCUUGCACAGUCCUUUACCACUUUCUGGAUUGACAUUUCACUCAUUUCAUUUAUAUGCGAUUUAGUGUUGAUUAUUUUUCAUAUGCAUAUGCUUACAUAUGAGAUUGCUGGUUUCUGCGACUCAUUCAGGAGAUGCAUAGUAGCGCCCCCUAGCGUAUAACAGUGAAAACACGGAAAAUGUUAUGUUUGGCGGGGAAAUAGUUAAUUGUGGUUUAUAUUAUUAACAGUAAAUUUAAAAACAUUUUUCGCUUUUUCACGAUGUUUUUGUGGAAACUGUGAUGCAUUUUCUAUUAAUAUUGUUUGAUGAAUAGAAAUAACAUUUAUUUUAAAUAAAAUCUUUUGUCAAAUCAAUUUAUAGCGUCCUUGUGGAAUAAAAGUAUUAAUAGUAAAACUUACUUCAAACUUUUGAAUGGUAAUGCAUCAUGUUUUCCGCAAAAAUAUGCAGCGACACAACUAUUGUCAAUAUUGAACAUUUUAGAAUGAUUUCUGAAGGAUCACGUGACACUGAAGAUUGGAGUAAUGAUUCAAAAUUCAGCUUUGCAUCACAGGAACAAAUUACAUUUUUAAAUAUUCAAAUAGAAAAUGCUUCUUUUAAUCCGUAAUGACAUUUCACAAUAUUACUGUUUUUACUGUAAUUUUUUAUGCAGCCUUGGUGAGCAGAAGAGACUACCUUCAGAAACUUUAAAAACAUAUUUAUUCCAAACUUUUGACCAGUAGUGUAGGCUACAAUGUGUGUAUUAUUAUUAUUAUUAUUAUUGUUGUUAUUAUUAUUUAAAAAGGAACUAGUCCUCAAUUCCCAACCCUAGGAAUUCUGCAACACUUCUUUUGCUGAAUGUCAAGUUUCCCCAACACUGUCACACACCUUGUACCAAAGACCAAAUGUGUGUUUUGUUUUGUUUAGUGGACUGGUAAGACGUUUUUGAGUUUUGUUUUUUGGAGUCUGACUCAUCGAGUCUCACUGAAAUUGAAAGCCAUAUCCUGAGCUGGAGAGCUGGGUAACACUUUAUUUUGAUAGUCCACUUUAGACAUUCUACUAACAGUAAGUAACUUUGCAGCUACAUGUCAACUAGCAGUCAUUAGAGUAUUAGUAGACUGUCUGCUUAAUAUCUUCUAACACUUUAUUUUGAUGGGUCCACAACAUACAACAUACUGACUAUCAGAAACUUUGCAAGUAUAUGUCAACUUAUUCUACUAACCCUAAACCUACCCUACUGAGAGUUAGUAGACAUGUAGCUGCAAAUUAAUGAGAAUUAGUUGACAUGUAAUUACAAAGUUACUUCUAGUUCGUAGAAUGUCUAAAGUGGACUAUCAAAAUAAAGUGUAACUGAGAGCUGCACUGCCGCUCCUCUCUAAACAUUCCACUGUAUCCUGAUGAAACGCCAUUGAAUCACUAUUACAAUCACUGUUUGCAUGUACGGUUGCUGUCGUGCUGGUUAGUGAUUGGGAAAGUGACUGCUAUUGUGUUGAGAGCAGCUGACUGAAUUUUUGACUUUUUUUACUUGUUUUACCAUUUGUGACUGCAUUCAACUCUUUUAUCUCUGUUAUGUGGCUCUAUAUCAGUGUUUUAUUACUCACAAAUGUCCUUCCUUCCUUCCUUCCUUCCUUCCUAAAUGAUCUAACAACCUCUUGAAGAUCUUCCCCCAAACCAAACUGUGCACACAUUGCCAUGGACAUGCACUGCCCUGCAAGACUGAACAUGCUCAAGUGGUCAAAAUGAUUCUUAUAUUUUGUAUUGUAUUUUUGCCAAAGACUGUUUGCACUGCAACGUAUGCCUUUCAACAAUAAAAUGGCCACAUAUGAAA